AAUUUAUCAUUCGUUCAAAUUUAUUUUUUUCAUUCAUUCGGAAAAUAUUUGCGUCUUUGUUGGAUUACUGUGUUGUGAAUUUGUAAACAAAAAAUUAUCAAUUUAGAAAACCCACAAUGUCUUCACCGUUAGAAAAUCUGGAAACCCAGCUUGAAAUGUUUAUAGAGAAUGUGCGACAGAUUCGCAUUAUUGUAAGCGAUUUCCAACCUCAGGGCCAAAGUGUUUUGAAUCAAAAAAUUCAAUCGCUGGUAACAGGCUUGCAAGAAGUGGACAAGUUGAAGUCGCAAGUUCAUGACAUUCAUGUUCCCACAGAAGUAUUUGACUACAUCGAUCAAGGUCGAAACCCUCAGCUAUACACAAAAGACUGCAUUGACAAAGCCCUUGCCAAAAAUGAGGAGGUCAAAGGGAAAAUAGACUCGUACAAACGAUUCAAGAGCCAUCUGCUUCAAGAACUAUCGAAGACUUUCCCUAACGAGAUUGCCAAGUACAAGGCUGUUAGAGAAUAAAAUAAUAUUUAAUUAAGCUAAGACUGGAAUACAAAUCUUAUUAAUUUUAAUUUAUAACCUUUUUAAUAGUU